AUGCAACUUCAAUCAAUGGAGGAACGUUUCAACCCCGACACUUUGAAAACCAGGAUCGUUGAAUUCUUUGCCGAUGCAGAUAUAGCCUUUAGCAUCGUGGAGAAGCAAUCUUUUCACGACCUAAUUGGCUUUCUCAACAAAAAGGCUGAGAGCAUGUUGGUUCAACAAGAGGCUCUGAAGAAUCACGCCACCGACAUUUAUAUCGCUACUAGGGAUAUUGUGAUCGAAAAAAUGAAAAAGGACAUUCGAGGAGUCGACGUUAUUCAUUUCACGACGGAUUGCUGGACGACAAAAGGAAAAAACUACGGGUUCUUGAGCUUGACUGGACACUGGGUUGAUGCAAAAUUUGAGCUCCAUCAAAGUCUUCUAGGCUUAAAAAAUGUUGAAGGAUCUCACGAAGGGAAAAAUCUCGAGAAAUAUUAUUACAAGAUGGUCGCCGAAAAUUUUGGCCUUCUCAACGUCCACGGUCAUGCAACAGUUGACAACGGGAGUAAUAACUCUACUCUUUUUGAAGCCUUUGGAAGGCGAGAUGAUGUCAUCUUUGACAAAGAAGACAAGAUGCACAUAUGUGUUGCCCAUGUCUUGAAGCUUGUUGCUCGAGACGGCCUUGCCCAAUUUGGAAUAGUGGAUGACGAUGAAGAUGAUGAAGUGGUCGUUGAAAGAUCUGCUAUGAGCAUUGGCGCCAUCGUGGAUCGCCCAGACGGUGCAGAUGUCUCGAUUGAAACUGUUUACCAGAGGAUCAAGGGCUUUGCUACCUUUGUCAAUGGGAGCACGCAAAGGAAAGAGCAAUUUGCAUGCGCCGUAAAGCUGCAGCAACCAAACUCCCACGCUGUUGCGGUUAUCGGUGAUGUCAGCACAAGAUGGAACUCAACGUAUCAAAUGUUUUUACGGGCACUCCAGUUGCGGUGA